UUCUCUUGCAGAGGAUUAUAAUGUGCAAUUCAGAGUGAAGAAUACAAGUAAAUAUUACCCUCUCCACAGCAAACCAUAGGCGCAAUGUUAAAUUUAGCUGGUAGCUAGCGCUUCGUUGUGCUGCUUUUCAUUUACCGCUGUGUUUGGUUGUGCAUAUUUGCAUCAUGGCUGCUAGGGCAUGGAAUCAAAUAUUUCCACACGGCUCUUUUUCUGUUCCAUCACCGCAACUGCUUUCUCCAACAGACCAACCAAGAAGGGGCACGGGGUUUUAUUUGGCCUGCUAUGAAGAAAAACACUUCCUGCUUAAAGAGCUGGAACUGGACCCUAAAGAAGCCGAAUUCAACGUCACGCUCAUCGAUAAAGUUGGCUCACUGCUACAGUUGAAUCACGAGAAUACCACCAAAUACUUCGGCUUAAGUCUGGGACAAUUCACAUUCGAUGACAAAGGUUACUGCCGCAUAUCCAGCCAGUACUAUUCAGGUGGUGAUUUGAACCGAUGGGUGCGACAACUUUCUCAUAACGCGCAUCAACCGAUCGAGCAGCUCGUACCACACACUACCAUUCGGCAACUCCUUCGGGAUCUUUUAGAAGGUUUGCAUCACAUCUACACCGUCUUCGGAAUUAUUCACUGCGACAUUAAGCCAGAAAAUCUUGUGUUGAGAUUUACCGAUCAGCCGCACCUCGCUAUCAUUGACUUCGAAGAUUCGGUAUUCAGCGACCACUUGCACGGUAAAGUGGAAAACACGGUCUUCACAAAGCGCUACGCGGCUCCGGAAUUGCUUCUAUGCUCGUUCACGCUGGAUAUCGAUCUUAUUUCCCAUAAGACCGACAUAUGGAGCGUCGGUUGUGUCGCUCUACAAAUGUAUACCGGUCAGAAACCCAUAAUUCAACAAUGGAUUCCGUCACAGGAGCGGAUGGGCAUUUGGGAUGGACAGUACGGCGAACUAUCUUUUAACGAGACCUAUCAAAUAACAUUCCAGGUUUCCAAGUGUCAGGCCCGACCAAAAGUUUCGCCGGGAAUGGACACACUGCUCUUCGCAUUCAUCCAGUCGUGUUUACAGUUUAAUAUGGACAGCCGUUCAACGGCUAUGGGAUUACUCGAAGACCCUAACGGCUACCUUGCAGCUUCAUAACGUAUUUGGCCAGCGUCUGGUAACAUGAAAUGUUCUGUUUGCCCAUGUUUUUGUGUUGUGCUCUAUUAGAAGUUCUUGAACUUGUGUGGCCCAAAAAGCCGCAGUUGAAUGAGCUGCUGCUCACCAGACUACCCUAAAUAAAAUGCGCCACAGAAAUAAACAGUUGCCUUGACUUAUUUCAGCGACAGCAUGU